AUGAAGGACUGUCAUUAUCUAACUCCCGUUUCAUAUGCCGCAGCAGGCGGCCAUGAGACGAUAGUGAAGCUUUUACUUGAAAAUGGAAAGGUGGAUGUGGGCUAUGCGGAGUUUAAGGGUCGAACGCCGUUAUCAUAUGCCGCAGCAGGCGGCCAUGAGACAGAGGUACAGCUUUUAGGUGGGAGUGGAAAUGCGGUCGAUUAA